AUGCCUGCUAUGAGGAAGCAUUCUGAGCGUAGUCACUUUGGGAAUGUAUUCAACAAGUUGCUGAAGCAGAUUGGAAGCCCUGUGGAUUUUGAACUUCCAGAUUGGUUCAAUAAAUGGAAACCGAUGAACUACACUUUUAUAAAGCGCAAUAUAUAUCUCACUAAGAAGAUUAAAAGACGACUUGAGGAUGAUGGAAUAUUCUGCUCAUGCGCCCCAUCAUCACCAGGGUCUCCGACUGUUUGUGGUAGAGAUUGCCACUGUGGGAUGCUACUGUCUAGCUGCUCCUCAGGCUGUAAAUGUGGAAGUUCAUGUCUGAACAAACCAUUCCAGCACCGGCCUGUGAAGAAGAUGAAGCUGGUCAAGACUGAGAAAUGUGGUUCUGGAAUUGUGGCGGAUGAAGAUAUUAAGCAAGGAGAAUUUGUGAUAGAAUACGUUGGAGAAGUUAUUGAUGACAAAACAUGUGAGGAAAGGCUCUGGUAUAUGAAACACCGUGGUGAAACAAACUUUUACUUAUGUGAAAUCAAUCGAGAUAUGGUUAUUGAUGCUACGUACAAGGGAAACAAAUCAAGAUACAUAAACCAUAGCUGUUGUCCCAAUACUGAGAUGCAAAAAUGGAUAAUCGAUGGCGAAACAAGAAUAGGAAUUUUUGCAACUUGCGACAUAAAAAGGGGAGAUCACCUCACCUAUGAUUAUCAGUUCGUUCAAUUUGGUGCAGAUCAAGAUUGCCAUUGUGGUGCUGUUGGUUGUCGUGAAAAACUCGGUGUCCGACCUACCAAACCGAAGAUGUCAUCAGUUGCUGCAUUGAAACUAGUAGCAUGCCAGCUGGCAGUGUCCUCUCCCAAAGUAAAAGGAAUGUUCUCUGCAAAAGAUGUUUAUCCAAAUGGUGGUUUUCCUGUAGGAAGUUCUCAACAUAUCCGUAAGGACCAUAGCCAAGGUGGUACUGCUUGUAAUUGCAUUGAUGAAGUGAUACGAAUACGUCGUCCCAUAAAUGAGAGGUCAUUCGGGGUCAUCAAACGGUUUGAUAAUCAUUCCAAAAAACAUGCGAUCAUGUUUGAAGAUGGUGGAAUUGAAAUCCUGGACAUGUCGAAAGAAGAAUGGGAAUUUGUAACGUUGUGAUAGCAUUAUGAGGUAUAAGAGUUUAUGAAGUACACACAGAAAGGUGCAUAGGAUUAACAGUCUUUGAAGGGGGUUUGCUACUCUUGGACAAAGAGGAAGAGGGUUUGGAAUUUGCAGGCUCAGAGGGUUUAGGGACAUUCUUCAGCUUAUCUUGGAAGUUGGUCCAAAGUUUGACAAUGGGAGGAGUAGAAGAAUUAGUAUGAAUGUCAGCAAUGGUCUCAGCUUCAUUAUCAGCAGCAACAUUAAUAUCUUGAAGGACUGAGAAUCUGUAUCCCUUAGAAGGGCUUUUAGUCUUAUCACCAACUUUUGAAUUCUUCUUCUUGUUUCUAUAAUUCAUCAACAUCCAUGGCCCCAUGUCAUCCUUAAUCAUAGUAGGCUGCUCAUUGGAAGCAUCCAUCUCAUGAGACAUCUCCACAUUAUCAUUAGGAACAACAUCAUUAGAAGAAUUGUUAGGCUCAUCAGUUGAAGGACAAGAAUUAGAAUGACCACAAUAGAUGGACAUUUAUCUUUAGAAUGACCAAAGCACACACACUCAAAGCAAAUCAUAGAAAUACCCUCAUAGAUAACACUAUAAGCCACCGACUCAACUUCAACAAAAGGCCUUAAGGGUUUACUUAGAUCCACCUCAAUACAGACUAGCAAAUUUACCUCUAGCUUGACCAAUAGUGAUGGAUCAACCUUAACAACAUUGCCAAGGAUCUUGCUAAUUUUCCCAACAGCAUAUUCGAACCCAGAGAGCCAUAGAACCAAUAACAUCAGUCAGGGCUCCAUCUUCGAACAAUUAAAUCAAUAAUCCAAGGGCCUCCACACAACAUUUCAUUCAUAUCUUCUUCUAGAUUAAACUUAACAAUGGAAUAAUCAUUAGGCAAAUCAAUCAGAUGCUAACCCCCUUUAGUUUGCCAUUUACGUCUCAAACCCUUAAGAACAAAAUCAAAGUGUUGGUGGAGUUAGGUUUACCCAUGAGCGUGAUGAUGACAGAACACCUCCUGCCAAAAUCCAGCUUAUUGUGUACCUUCUCUAAAAACAAAACAUUCAGGCCAUGCUUGCCUUGAGAAUAAGUGCAGGCGCUCUGUGAACUCAAAGUCCUCGGCCAUAGUUGAAGUAAAACGAUUGACCGGAUCCUUCAUCAUCUAUGUAUAGCUUGGCAAGGAUUGAGGAGGUGGAGCUUGCAAAGCUUCCAGAUCUGAAGAGAUGUCAUUACCAGAUUUGGCACGCUUACGUUGGAUCAUCGGAGAUUUCGAAACUCCGCCACUUCCAGAAGGAAGGGCGGAGAAAGUGAAGACCGGCGUCGCACCAGAAAUGAAGAGAACGGCAGAGAUGGAAAAAAAAAAAAAAGGGGAAGAAAAUUGAUGACCAAUUCACUGCAAUGGAGAAGGUUCUAACAAACCAGCAAUAGAGUUGCAAUCAUUCCAUCUGUGCUUUUUUCGUGCCGUAAUAUUUCUUCUCACAAAAGGGGCCUAUCUUUGUAGCCAUGUUUAGGCCCUUGGGAAUAUUGCCAUAGCUGCAGUCAUGGUAGCAUAUUCCUCGGUGAUUCACUUUCACCUUUGGCAGGUUUGCGUUACUUUAUAUCAAAUUUUACCAGAAGUUAAUCUUAAAUUAAGCUAAUGAGAUAGAAGUUGAUGAUGGGAGGAAUUUUAUGUUUUAUGUUGCGACUCUUUUCUGCCAAGCCCUUUAAUACAGUUCACGGUG